AUGGCGACCCAUCUUGGCCACCAAACCAAGCCGACAAAGUCCAAAGUGAACACAAAGUCGUCGGAGUACCUUGCAAACUACACCGAGAUGCUCGCUCUGGUCGACCAGCUCCAGGAAAGGCUUCAGGAGGCUACCUUCCAGGGCUCGGACAGACUCUUGGCCUUGCACCACAAACGCGGAUCGCUCCUUGCCCGAGAUCGCAUCGAAUUGCUCCUGGACGAUGAUUCUCCUUUCAUGGAGCUCUGUCCUCUCGCUGGAUAUGGCCAGGAAGACAUGACCGUUGGAGGAUCCCAGGUCGCAGGAAUCGGUCUUAUUUGCGGUGUCGAGUGCAUGAUUACUGCCAAUAUCCCGACUCUUGCAGGUGGUGCUUGGAAUGCUUCGACCAUGGCCCGAGGCUCAAGAAUCAGUGAGAUUGCAUGGAUCAAUCGUCUGCCCCAUAUCCAGCUUGCCGGCGCGAAUCUUGCUCAACAGAGUCGCGUAUUCCACCCUGGUGGGGCUGGAUUCCGUCACUUGGCAGAGAGAUCCAAGGCAGGGCUUCCCUCGGCAGCUGUUGUCUUUGGAAACUCAACCGCUGGUGGUGCAUACAUUCCUGCCAUGAGUGACUACGUCGUCAUGGUCAAGGGCAAAGCUCAAGUGUUCUUGGGCGGACCUCCCCUGGUGAAGAUGGCUACCGGAGAGAUCACCGACGCAGAGUCGCUUGGAGGCGCUGAUAUGCACAGUCGUAAAUCAGGUCUUGCAGAUCAAUUGGCAAUGGACGAGUACCAUGCCAUUGCCAUGGCCCGUGAGUUCAUCUCGGGUCUUAACUGGACCAAGCGAGGCCAGCUCCCGAUCCGUCAUCUCAGGGGUCAGUUUGACCAGCCGCUGUACGAUCCCGAUGAGAUCUUGGGCAUUGUCAGCGCCAACAUCCGCAUCCCCUUCGACGCCGUCGAGGUCAUUAUUCGUUUGGUCGACGGAUCUCGGUUCACGCAGUUCAAGCCACUGUACGGACCCAAUUUGAUCUGUGGUUGGGCGACCAUCCACGGUAUCCCCGUCGGCAUCCUUGCCAACAACAACGUUAUUUUCCCUCCCGAGGCUAACAAAGCGACCCAGUUCAUCCAGCUCUGCAACAUGCGCAACACACCCAUCCUGUACCUCCACAACAUCACCGGUUUCAUGGUCGGCAAGAAGUACGAGGAGGAAGGUAUCAUCAAGGCCGGCUCACGCUUCAUCAACGCCGUCUCGAACUCUCAGGUCCCUUGCAUCACCAUUGUGAUGGGCGCCAGUUACGGAGCCGGAAACUAUGCCAUGGCAGGACGCGCCUACAACCCUCGGUUCCUUUUCUCGUGGCCCAAUAGCAAGUGUUCGGUGAUGGGUGCCGAGCAAUUGACGGGAGUGCUCGACAUUGUGAUGCGCGACUCGGCCAAGAAAUCUGGCAAGGUGAUUGACGAGGAGAUGGCCAAGGCUUCGAUGGGGAUGUUCCAGGCGAUGGUCGAGAGCGAAUCGGAUGUUUACUGGACCAGUUCCCGCUGCAUUGACGAUGGUGUUAUUGAUCCUCGAGAGACUCGCACCAUCCUCGGCUUUUGUCUCUCGGUCUGCUACAACACCGAGAUCCAGGGCGGCAACCUGUAUGGCGUCUCGCGUAUGUAG